CGGGCUGCCCCCGCGGCCGGGGAUGCAGCAGGCCGGCCCGGAGCAGAGCGGGUUCCCGUGGCCGGAGCCGCUGCCCGGUGGCAGCCCGUGCCUGCCGUUCCGCUGCCCGCGCUGCGGGGAGCGCAGCCGGUUCCGGAGCCUGUCCUCCCUGCGGGCGCACCUGCAGCACGGCCACGGCUACGAGGAGCGGCGAGCCCCGGGCAGGGGCAGCCUGCUCUUCCCGCUGGGGGACGCGGGGCCGGGCUCGCCGCCGGAGCCGUGCGCCCCGGGCAGCCCCCCGAGCCGCAAGGCGCCCUUCGCCGCCUUCUGCGACGCCUCGAGCGAGGGGCGGCCGGAGCCGGACGGGCCCGUGCCCUGCCUCGCCGGUUAUGUGCCCGCCGGCUCGCCCGGAGAGCAGGCGUCCAAAGCCGGCCUCCCCGCCGCCGGCCUCGCCGCCGCCGACCCCAAAGCCUCCUUCGAGGCGCACGUCAGGGAAAAGUUCAACAGGAUGGUGGAAGCCGUGGACAAGACGAUAGAGAAGCGGAUCGACAGGCUUACCAGAGAGCUGGCCCAGAAAACGGCGGAGCUGCUGGAGGUGCGGGCGGCGUUCGUGCAGCUCUCCCAGAAGAAGCAGGAGGUGCAGCGGCGGGAGCGGGCGCUCAGCAGGCAGGUGGACGUGGCGGUGGAGAUGAUCGCGGCCUUGAAGCAGCGCCUCACCGAGUCCGAGGAGGAGCUGCACAGGAGAGAGGAAGAAGUUGUUACUUUCAACCACUUCCUCGAAGAAGCGGCAGAAAAAGAAGUGCGGGGAAAAGCCAGGCUCCAGCACUUCAUUGAGAACCUGCUGCAGCGCGUGGACCUGGCGGAAAGGCAGCUAGAGUAUUACCAAAACCAGCAGAUCGCCUGCAGCCACACGGAUGUCAGCGACCACGUGUUUACAGACAUUUCAUUAAAUAAGAAACCCAGAUGCCUGAGCCGAGGAAGUCAACACGCCUCAUACAACAUCCCCGACACAAAGCCUCAUUCCUUUCAGAAAGGAAGAGUCUUGCUGAAAAAAACAAAGGAAGAAAAAAACAGUUUGCAGCCAGUCAGAUGCUUCUACGAACCUGUUGAUUGCCCAAGAGAAAUCUGGAGAGCCCAAAAGAAAGGUGAACCAGUCUGCUCUGCCAGGAAAGUGAGUGCAAAAUCCAAGAUGGGUAAAAAGAGCAAACAGCUAUAGGAACGGCUAACAAUAGAAAGUAACACAGGAGCUUGGCUUCAGCAGAACAAAUACUGAAUGAAGUCAAUCAUCCCACUUUUUCCUAUCCAUCUGGCCAUGCCAAAACAUAAGAUAUAAUAUAUAGAAAUGUAUACAAUAUGGAAUAUUUAUAUUAUUUAGCAACGCCAUUCCCUCUUUGGGCACAUUAGAGAAAUGACAUUUUAUUAAGUUUACACAGAGGGUUUUCUAUCUAUUUAUUUAUUUAUAGAGCUUAUUUUAAACAACUGCAGUUAUCUUGCUGGGCAGUACUGUGGCUGUACGUUUAAUUAUUCUAGUGGCAGCAUGUAGCUUGGUAAUUUAUUUUCCAUCUAUGCUGUUGCUGAAGUUCAGAAGAAUCCAUUUAAUCGGCACCCAAAUAGUCACUCUUCCAGCUUAGGCAGGUGUAAGAUCAAUGAUUGACUGUUACCUGUGCAAGCAUACGUGGACACAAAAAGCCUACUCGGGCUGCUUGAAGGCUGCUCUAGCAGUAGAUUGCUACCCUGGAUUUUCACCGGGAAGCCCAGUUGGGCACACCUCCACAUUUCGUUACCUCCGUUAAGCAGCCCAGUCCUGCCAGCAGCCACGGUCCCUGCUGGUGCAGGUUUGGGUUGCUGCAGUGUCUCAAGCACAGCUUUCACACCCCAGCAGCUUUCUCCUUUGGCACCGGCCUCUGGUGUCACUCAGCAGCGAGGGCAGAGCAUGCCGGGCCCCAGGAGGCAGCUCAGCAGUGAGCAGCAGCAGGCAGCCAGCCGCAGGGAGCAGCAUGCGUGGCACCCUGAGCAGUGCCUGCCCUUGGGUUGGUCGGAAAAGGCCUAAAAGGGCUGUAUCACAACCUAACCCCUUCAAAUCUUCAUCUCCAUGAAGAGUCCUUUCAGGGGAGAUGGAUCCUCAAAUUUCAACUAAAAGUCCAAGAGUGAUGAAGACAGAUGACCGCAGGAUGGGAGUACGGGUGUUUACAGUGGUUUGUGCCAAUUAAAAGGAUCCUUAAUUCAUCAGAGUAUUUAUUAAGAUGAUUUUUCCGUGUGUACAGUUUUUUGGUAACCUGAAUCCUCAUGCCAUGUUUACAAAUACGAACAUCUUGUUGAUGUUACUGAAGAGAUUGUUUUCUCAAGCAACAGAAAGAAUAGAUGAGACAAGUCUGCGUAAAUUAUUUUUAAAUGCUCAUAACAGAUGUAAAUUGUUUUUGUGGAAGGUGAUUUUUACAGUAUGUGUAUAAAGAUUUGUGAAAAAUGUUUUUCAUUUUUAUAACUAUGACUGUAAGCAGAACCGAGUAUUAAAAGGCAGUGUAUCACUAUGAUUACUGCUGCAAUAAGCACCCGAGUUGCAAUAUUUUUAAAGCAGAAGAGGACCAGUCAGUCAGCUCAGGUCAGGUAACGACAGGUGUCAUACAUCUGCCAGUGCACAGAGCUCCCUGAAAGUAGCAGAACAAAGAAAGAGUAUUAUUCCUCACUUUAUUUUAACUAGUGGAUGUGGAACUAUCACAUACGUGUUUAAAGUUUCUCAACACUGUUUCGGUAGGAAGUCACAAUGUAAAGUCAGUUCGGGUAUUUAGCUUGUACUGACAUUUUAAUAUUUGUUUAACUGUCACAAGGCCACACUUGGCCUUACACUUGCCAUGGUGUGGUGAAAAGGAUUUGUCAAUUGUGUUGCAUGGGUUUUGGUCGGGUCGUGUGUUACAAGAACUUGCCUAGGAAAACCAUAUCAUAGCAACAACCUUUAGGUUUUUUGUAUUUCCCACAUCCUACAGACAUGAAGAAAUGAUAAUGAAGGUGAUCUUUAGAAUGGAAGUAAAUACAUUAAUAUGUUCCUUUAUCCAUUUGACACUGAAAGAGUAUUUUUAUUUUUAAAUGCCUAUCUAUUAGUCACCAAAGUUAAGUGCAACUACUAGUUCACAGAUGAGAUGUUUAUUUUGUUAUUUAUUGCACCAAAAUCUUGACUGUAAGUGGGGGAGGAAGAGAAAAAAAUAGAGUGAAAGAUGCUGCAUGUUCUUAAACUUUUCAAUUUAAGUUACAGUUACUUGCUGAACAAAUGCUGGGUUAGUUAAUUAGAGAGAAAUUGGAUCGGAUUGUAACCCCGGAUAAAAGCUUUUAGAAUAUAAACAUUCAAUAAUAAAGAUAUAUUUCUCAGUUA